GGCGGCCUUCACGACCACGUGGUAAGCGAUGUUCCCGCCAGAGCUGUCAACGGCAAGGUACACGUGUACGUCAGAGGAGUUGUGGUCUACUGGUGCGGAGGUAGGGCCUGGAUUUGGCCCACUUGAGAGCCGCUCACUCGUCGUAGGCGCACGGGUACCGAUUCUUCGGCGACCGACGACAGUUGAGAGAGAUGACGACGGCGGCGCCGCCGCAGAGGGAGACGAGGCGGCGACAGAAGUUGUCAUAAAUCGCGCUGCCCACGGAGGAGUGGGUCAAGCUUCCGUCGUGGAAGAAGAUGAUUACGGGGGUGACAGCGGUGGUGCUGAGUCGGUUCUCGAGGUCGAUUGGGGAGGUAGGGGGACCCAAUUGGUGCUGGCCGAGGGAGCUGGUGUCGGGGGAGUUUUCGGUGCGGUGGACAACACGUGUGUUGCCAUGGACGACGUAUCGGAAGUUGCAGAUGGAGCCGCAGGAGGAGCCGAGCUUAUUGGAAUUGGGCUUGGAUGCUGCAGGGUCGUGGACAACGGAGGGUUCGAUUUGUUUGCAGGUUAGGAGGUUCUUGAACUCGCCCCAAGAGGAGGAAGAGGAGGAAGAAGGCGGUGGUUUGUUGUUAUGGUGUUUAAUGGG